AGUUUGUUUUCGUUUCUUUCUUUCUUUCUUUCUUUUUUUGAGAAUAUCUGUCUUGUUGUUUACUUAUUUUUUCUCGAAAAAUGGGAAGGGGUUUAGUUGGUAUAGCUCAUGCCAAAAACAAACUUCGACGAUCGAUUUCACAUAAAAAUGAAAGUGUAUCACCAACAACCACGACUAAUCAUGUUCCAAAGGGACAUUUUGUAGUAUAUGUUGGUGAAACAUGUAGAAGAUUUGUUGUUCCAAUAGCACAUUUGAGUCAUCCUUUGUUUCAAGAUUUGUUACAUUGGGCUAAAGAAGAGUUUGGUUACAGCCAUCCAAUGGGUGGUCUAACAAUUCCAUGCAGUGAAGACUACUUCAUUAGUCUCACAUCCCUACUUAAUAAGUCAUCAUAGACCAAACAAAACCGAAAGAAUGUAUACU